AGUCCAGGUAACCGCCAUUUUUGUUUUCCCUCUGGGCGGAGGAUGGGGCGAAGCCUUGUCCCGGCGCUCUUGCUGCUGCUGCCGCUGCCGCCCGUGCUGCUGAGGGGAGAGGAGGCGUUCCCCGUUGGGGGUGCAGAUGAAUAUAUAUUACAAGAAGCUAAGGUUGAUAUUAUUCCACGAAGAGUUUGUAACAAGCUUGAUUGGUAUGCAGGAACAAUAUCACUGAAUAUGAUUUGUGCUGGUUCUGCAAGUGGAAAGAUUGAUAGCUGCCAGGGUGACAGUGGUGGUCCUCUGGUGUGCUAUUUUCCAAAUGCCACCAGGUAUUAUCAGGUAGGAAUUACCAGUGCUGGUGACGGCUGUGGCAGGCCAAAACACCCAGGACUAUAUGUACGUACAGCAAACUACAGAAGUUGGAUAGAUUCACAACUACUUAACAAAGCCAUUAGUGUGGGCAUACAGUUUCGUCUGUUUUUUCUGAUAGCUGGGAGGAUGUUGUUACAUACUGUUCUAUGAAGAAGCAAAAUAUCAUUUUCUUGCUCUUGGGGCAUCAUUUGUUAUUUUUAAAGUUUUUUUUCUUACAAAUAUUUGACAAAAGUAAUAAAGUUAAAUUGUGUCCCACUGAAAUUGA